AUGAAAUCUUUGAUGCGAGCCGCGCAAGACGAUGGCAGGGGGGGUGUAUAUAAGCUAGACAAAGCCGCCGUGAGCUAUAAAAGUAAGAGUCAACUUUCCUUGAUCCAACAAGAAGCCCCCGUCAAAAACAAGGCUUUCGUGUUUCAACGAAAAGUGACCAUGUCUUCACACAACGAGCCUGCUGAGCCCAUCGCCGAGGGGAUUUGGGCUGUCGCAAAGCAGUCCUGGGUUGAUCUCUUCAGAUGGCGGCAGCGUGUCGAAAUAAUUAACGAGCAUGGCGAGAAGCAUGCGGAAUGGCAGGACCCUGAUGCCUUCCAAAAUCCUAUCAAACUUUUCAUGUUGCUGAGUGCGCGGGACUGGCUCUUCUUUCUCGUCGGCCUUGCCGCCUGGACUGCGGAUGCGUUUGACUUCCACGCGCUAUCCAUUCAGCAGGUGAAGCUUGCCGACUACUAUGGGAGGACUAAGACAGACAUAUCCACCGCCAUUACUCUGACGUUGCUGCUGAGAAGUGUGGGAGCAGCAUUCUUCGGUCUAGCGGGUGACAGAUGGGGUCGUAAAUGGCCUAUGGUCGUCAACAUGAUCGUGCUUGGAGUCCUCCAGAUUGCAACAAUUUACAGUGGCACGUUCCAGCAGUUCUUGGCCGUGAGAAGUUUGUUCGGACUGUUCAUGGGUGGUGUAUAUGGAAACGCUAUUGCCAUGGCUCUGGAACAUUGCCCUGUCAGUGCCCGUGGUCUUAUGUCUGGAAUCCUCCAGCAAGGCUACUCUCUUGGAUAUGUCUUUGCUGCAUGUGCCAACUUGGGAGUUGGCGGAGAAACUGAAACCUUCAAGACGGUGUUUUGGAUUGCAGCUGGAAUCUCGAUUGGUAUUGGUCUAAUUCGUGUACUCUUCCCGGAGUCGAAACAAUUUCUUGAGGCAAAGGCAGCAGGAAAAGAGUCGGUUAGUGCUGGAGAGUUUUGGAGAGAGACAAAACACAUGGCUGGUCAAGAAUGGAAGAUUUCGGUUUAUUGCAUUAUCCUGAUGACUUGGUUCAACUAUUAUUCCCACACGUCUCAAGACUCUUACACUACAUUCAUGUUGACCCAAAAGGAACUGGAAAACGAUGGUGCUUCUCGCGCCUCAAUUAUCAUGAAGACUGGCGCCUGUGUUGGUGGCACCAUCAUUGGAUAUCUAUCGCAGUUUGUUGGACGUCGCCGUGCUAUUAUUGUUGCGGCUUUUAUAUCCGGUGUACUCAUCCCUGCCUGGAUCCUUCCCAAAACCGAGAGAUCCCUCAGCGUAACUGGAUUCUUCCUCCAAUUCUUUGUGCAGGGUGCUUGGGGUGUCAUUCCCAUCCACUUGAACGAGCUCUCUCCACCUGCCUUCCGAUCCCUCUUUCCAGGUCUCACCUACCAGCUCGGAAAUAUGAUCUCCUCCCCAUCAGCACAGAUUGUCAACGCUGUCGCAGAAAAGACAUUUAUCACCGGUCCAUCUGGAACACCUGUUGAGGCCUACGGUCCUACUAUGGGUGUAGCUACUGCGAUUAUCGCUACCGGAAUCAUGGUGACAACCGCCUUCGGACCGGAGAAGCGUGGUCGCCGCUUCGAGACCGCUGUCGUGGGGGUUCAAGAGGAGCUGAAGACAAAGACCGUGGAAGACCCUGAGAAGGGGGACUACGAGCCGGCCGACGAAAACAUUGAACGCGCGCCCAAGACUUAG